AUGGAGGGCGUGAAUCUCCCUACCCUGCUUAUUCAACUUCGUCAGUGUCGAAUGGGCAUCAUUCAGACGGCCCAACAACUCCGCUACUCCUACGCAGCUGUCGUGGAAGGUGGAAAGCUACUAUUAGCCACACCUCCUGAGGAAAGGAUUGAUCUUGUGGUGAGUUUUCCUCCAUUUUGGGGACCCCUUAGCGCCAAUAACAAAGUGUUGUGGCUUGAUCGUUUCCCCGAGCAUGACAGACAUGCAGAUGACACUGAAGAUGACGACAAUAACGAUAUUGAGAGUGAUUCCACAACAUCGGAAGACGUCUCAUCAGAUGAUGACGACGACGACAGCAGCGCAGAUUCGGACGUAAUUAAUGAAGUGAUUGACUUCCCCUCUGAAAUCCACCUCCCCCACAAUAUCCACAACGAACCCGAACUUCUUCGACAUCUCUGGAUGCGCAGUGGUGGGGGUUGUGUAAUGGCGGAUGAUUACUCUUCCUCUGGAUCUUCGAAUGAAGAAAAUGAGGUUGAGAUUAUGGAGCUGUUUAACCAUCGGAAAUCCCAUCAUCAGAAUCACACUUUCCAAUUACGCUACCAGCCCGUACAGUUUGAAGAGAUUCUUGAUAGUGGAGAUGCCAUUAAAGAGACGCAAGUUUAUUUCCGUUUCUCAUAA